AUGCCAUUCUAUAGAAUUCUUGAAGGCUAUGGAAACACUGCUGCGAAAACUUACAUCGGCAAAACAUUGACCAUGUUGUAUGCCAUCAUUGGGAUACCGCUAAUGUUGCUUUUCCUCACGAAUAUUGGUGAUGUACUAGCAAAGAUAUUCAGAUUCUUAUACGCUCAAUCGAUUCGCUUAAAGUAUCGUCUUAUUCUAUGGCACAAGAAAAGAAAGGCAGCAAAAAUUCGCCGAGCAAACUCUCUCGUCUCGAGACUCACUAGAGCUCAUCGCGUGAAAGCAGAUUCUUCUCUAGACUCAUUUGCUGUUGGGGGUCCCGAUGUGGAAGACCUGCUCACUGCUCGCGUUGAAAUGGAACAACUAGAAGUUCGUGAGACGGCCCAAGCUCAGCUCGAAAAAAUUAGUGUGCCACUAUCGUUGGUAGUGCUUACUAUGUUUGCUUAUCUGAUAGCA